GUGCAAUUGCCGUUGUAAAUGUUAAUUCUAUGUGUAUCUGACAAGGCGAAUAAUUGGUGCCUGUUUGCCAGCUCGGUGCUAGCAUAAAGGAGGAAAUUGAAGUGUACCGUUUGAAGCAGAAUACAGGGACUGUGAGUGGGUUAUCAGGCAGUCUCCCUAUGUCAGGCCGAAACGGGUCUGCAAGUGAUGCAGACUGCCGGAUCUCAGAGGACUGCCAUGUCCCGGAUGUGGAGCUAAUAGAGCUUGGGCCCCUGCUGGAGGAGGGAGGGGUUCGCCAGCCGGCCUCCAAAGGUGCCCAUGCAGAGGGAGCAACCAUGCUCGCGGAUGAGGAGGAGGAGGAUGAUGAUGAUGAGGUGGGAGAGGUUCUGACCUUACCACUCCAGGCACACCACGCCAUGGAAAAGAUGGAAGAGUUUGUACACAAAGUUUGGGAGGGGCGCUGGAGAGUCAUUCCCUUCCAUGUCCUGCCAGAGUGGCUUAAGGACAACGAUUACCUCCUGCAUGGACAUCGCCCCCCCAUGCCUUCAUUCCGGGCCUGCUUUGGAAGCAUCUUCCGAAUUCACACUGAGACCGGAAACAUUUGGACUCAUUUGUUAGGGCUUAUUCUAUUCCUGUGUCUGGGCACGUUAACCAUGUUGCGGCCCAACAUGUAUUUCAUGGCCCCGCUUCAAGAGAAAGUGGUGUUUGGGAUGUUCUUCCUGGGAGCUGUGCUCUGCCUCAGUUUCUCCUGGCUUUUUCAUACAGUCUACUGUCACUCCGAGAAAGUGUCUCGCACCUUCUCCAAGCUUGACUACUCAGGCAUCGCGCUCCUCAUCAUGGGUUCUUUCGUGCCGUGGCUGUACUACUCGUUCUAUUGUUCUCCUCAGCCACGACUUAUCUACCUCACCAUUGUUUGUGUACUCGGCAUUGCCGCCAUCAUAGUGGCCCAAUGGGACCGGUUCUCCACACCUCGACACAGACCCACCAGAGCAGGUGUUUUUAUGGGUCUGGGACUUAGCGGCAUUGUUCCCACAAUGCACUUCACCAUCGAGGAGGGCUUCGUUAAGGCAACUACUGUUGGCCAGAUGGGUUGGUUCUACCUGAUGGGGGCCAUGUAUAUCACUGGAGCUGGUCUGUAUGCAGCCAGGAUCCCUGAACGCUAUUUUCCCGGCAAGUGUGACAUAUGGUUUCACUCCCAUCAGAUUUUUCAUGUUCUGGUCGUGGCAGCAGCGUUUAUCCAUUUCUACGGCGUUUCUAACCUGCAGGAGUUCCGUUACGGCCUGGAGGGAGGAUGCACAGAUGACACUCUACUCUGAGAGGCCUAACUGUGACUUGUUUUCUUAAUAGCCUACGCAAACACCACAUGCACACAUACAUGCACACAUAAAAACACAGUACAAAUGCUGCUGGAAUUCCUAAAAGUCCUUUAUUGCUCAUUUACUUCUUGUUUACUCACCUGGUGUGAGGCCUUUUUGGUGGGUUUUGUUUCCUGCUUUUUUUUUGUUUUUUUGUUUUUUUUUUGUUUUUUGUUUUUUUUUGGGGGGGGCUCCAAUAAAGUAGCAUUAACUAGCCAACGAGCUCUGGAGGGAAUCGUCAACAGUCACUAUUUUGUCAAUAAUUAAACUUGAAAUUUGCAUCUAAAGUAACAUCAAUUUAAUGAAAAUCGUACCUCCAUCUAACUGAUGGUCACUAACCUUUUGGUCUCAGUCUGUCUGCAUGUGACAAAGGAUAAGAAGAGUAUUAAUAAGAGUGCUGUAGCAGUGGGAACACAUUGUAAACUAAUCAUUCUCUCCCACUUUUUGUCUAUCCAGGCUUGAGGAUGAAUGUACAGUCAGUUAUUUAGGUGCAGAACAACAAUCCAGGUCAAUGUAGAUACAAAGGGGCCUCUAUGUGUUUGUUAUAUGAAAUGUUACAUAAGGUAUGUAAGGAUCUUGCCAGAUGUUUACUAUGCUAACAAAUAUUGUUCAAUUGUUGGUUGAAAUGUGGCAUACACUCACAAAGAGUGUAAGGCUCUGAAAGCUUAGGUCAUAGUAGUCUUGAAAGAAAAGCUGUUUAAGUGCUAUCAUCAUGGAUUUUCAUAGAUGUCUAAAUAGUGAAUAUUUGCCUGGCAUUUGAACAUAGAAAUGUUAAUGCUGCCCUUUCCUUGGAUUAUAUGAAAAUUAUUUUUUUAAGGUUUACUUUCAUUUGAUACUGUACAUUCCAUCAUCUGAGAAAAGGUCCUAAACAAACUUGUUUCAACAUUACAGAAAGAUUUGCAGCAGUUGUGCAAAAAGAAUGGGUGGAUGAAAACAUUGAAAUAUAAAGAGGUUCCCUGCCAUCAUUUUCCAGACAAUACAUCCUGUUUUUUUCUGUCAAUUUAGGUCCCAGGCUACGCACAAUGUACAGAUCUGGAGGGGUCAAACUGUGUUUUUGUCAGUUGCAAGCUUCCUUUUGUGUUAGAUUUCAGAUGCAAUCUGAGGUGUGAAUAGCAAAUGCACCGUGUAUUCUUAAAUUCAAGACUUUUAAUUAACAGAUGGGGUUUAAAAUGUUACGUGUGAUUGGUACAAAACUCUAGUAUUCCUGUGCCUUAGGCCAAUGGAAAUGUUUUAAAUAAAAUGGCCUAUCUGAAUUGUCAAGAGUUCCGCAAUGAUUUCCAGAUGUAGAUUCAUAUAGUCCUCCUUGCCAUAUACAAUCAAAUCAUUAUUGAACUACAACCACAUGGACAGGUUUUAUCAACUGCUGUUUAAGACUACUUUUUCUAGAUCAACUUAUUCAAGCUUUAUUACAAACUAAAAUAAUGUGUAUUCUUGACUUUGUGUUAUGUCCUGUGUAGAAAGUGAGAAAUCAUACAUUUCAUUGAAAUGUAGACAUAACUAUUUAUUAAUUGUAAUCUUGGGAAAAAUACUGUAAUAAAAUGUUUUUCCA